GAAGGAAGGAAGCAGGAAAGAAGAGUGGCCAGUGUUUGUAAUGGACGAGGACUUGUUUUUGAACAUCAGCACGGAGAGUGCUCCAGUGACGAAGAGUGUGUCUGCGAAGGUGGUUGGUGGGAAAUGGAGAGACCGUCGUAAGGCCCAGCUCCAGGCGAAGGGGAUUAAGAAGGUUCCGAAGAGCUCCGCUACUGGAGUGAACUCCACGCCAGUAGAGAAGGACAGACCACAACAGCAGGCACAGAGGAAGAGACCUGCCACCUCACAGGAGGACGCUCAGAGGGGCCCCUCUAAGCAGGCCAGGUUCGUGGAAGGGAAGGGCUCCGCAGGGAAGAACAACACGUAUGUCUCGUCAUUGUUCACAUCGAAGCCUGACAUGGAGCAAAGAGAGUAUGACCAGGAAUUGGCGUCGCUUGAUGCUUCGAAUGCUCCGCUGAAGGACUCGACCACGUUUGAAGGACUUGGACUGAACGAGAACUUGACCAGACAGCUGACAGAGCACAUGAACGUUCAAAUCCCUACAAAGAUCCAGAGAUCUGUUCUGCCGAGACUGCUGGAGAGGGAAAGAGACCUAUUCGUCCAGGCUCAGACGGGUUCUGGUAAGACAUUGUCGUUUGUAUUGCCGAUUUUCCAAAGGCUCAUGGAUGUCCAGGAUUUGAACCGUACAAGUGGGAUAUUUGCGCUGAUCCUGGCACCAACCAGGGAGUUGGCAACGCAGAUCUAUGGGGUCAUCGAGACGUUGUCACACUGUUGCCAUAGAAUAGUCCCAGGCAUUGUCAUUGGUGGUGAAAAGAAGAAGUCGGAGAAGGCCAGAUUGAGAAAGGGAGUCAAUAUCCUAGUUGCCACGCCGGGGAGACUAGCAGACCACAUUGAGAAUACAGAGAGACUCGAUCUUUCCAACAUCAGAUGGAUUGUGAUGGAUGAAGGUGAUAAACUGAUGGAGCUGGGGUUCGAGGAAACCAUCACGAAGAUCCUGAAUGACAUUACAAAGACAUCACGCAUUGGUGCAACGCUGAAGAUGUACCCUAGCUUACCACAUAAGCGUUGUAAUGUGCUAUGUUCUGCGACGAUCAAACAGAACGUCAAGAAGCUGGGAGAGAUCUCUCUUAAAGACGCAGAGAUGGUGAGUCCAAACUCAGUCCCAGACGUUGAAGACGUUGAAAUAAUGGAGAAUAUCGCAGCACCAGACCAGCUAUUACAGCAAGUGUGUGUUGUUCCACCAAAGCUGAGGCUUGUGGCAAUGGCAUCUGUUCUGAAAUCAAUCACCACUCAGGAAGGAGGAUCACGUACGAUGAUAUUCUUGUCAUGCUCUGACUCUGUGGAUUUCCAUUUCUCAGUAUUUGCCAAAGGUGGUAAGAAAUGGAGCAUCAAGCGAGUGUCUAACGACAAUGACGACGAUGACGAUGAUACAUCUUCCACUGUGAUGACGUCUCCUCUAUUAUCAGAGAACACCGUGGUAUUCAAGCUUCAUGGCUCUUUAUCCCAGCAAUUGCGUACAUCAACGUUAUCGGCGUUCUCCAAAGCCCCAGAGGAUAAGCAUAUCGUCAUGUUCUGUACUGAUGUUGCAUCUAGAGGCUUGGAUCUUCCAUACAUAUCCACUGUUAUCGAAUAUGACCCACCAUUUGCUACUGAAGAUCAUUUGCACAGAAUUGGUCGUACUGCAAGAGCUGGUAAGUCGGGUCGCUCUGUACUGUUCCUCUUACCCUCAGAGGAGAAGUACAUGGAGAAGAUCCAACAUUAUCACCCACACGGUGUUCAGUACAAGUCGUACGAAGACUUGCUGAAAACAGGCUUUGGUGAUAAAUGGGACAUGGACGCAACAACAUGGCACUUGAACGUUGAAAGAUGGCUCCUAGAAGACCAAACUGCCCACGACAAGGCUGCUAGAGCAUUCACCAGCCAUAUUCGUGCGUAUGCCACACAUUUAUCAGCAGAAAGGGACGUCUUCAACGUCAAGACUCUACAUUUGGGCCAUUUGGCAAAGAGAUUUGGCUUGAGAGAGACACCAAAGAACCUUGGUGGAAGCUCCAAUUCAGGCCAUGGAGGACAACACAAGAAGAAGAAGGAGAACGGGAAGGAGAAGAUGCUACGUCUAGCCAAGAUGGCUGCAAAGUCACAGGUGUCCGAGUUUAACUUCAUGUAAUCUUUGCUAUGAAUGGCACCAGUAAGAUCAUGUAAUUAGCUGUAGAUAUCCUUGUUGUAUGAGUCUCUCGACGUCGGCUUUCCUCACAAAGAACUGCGAGUCUUUGGUGAGGUUGAAUACGCCAUACUCUGUUUGGAUCUCACCGGCAUCUUUCAGCACUCUAACGUCGAUGAAGACAUCGGUUGGGGGCUCUAGAGAGCCCGUGAGAUCCACAUCUGGGAACUCGCUUUUGUAGUCAAUGAGCACUUCGCUGUAGCUCUUGAAGUAUUCCAGUUCAUGGUGAUUCCCAACCUCCAGUUCCUUGU